AUGUUGAGAUUUAGCAAUGUUGAGAAGUUCGACACUGCUGCCAAGAUCAAGAUCAUAAAGGAGGUGAGGACAUUCACUGAUCUGGGCCUAAAGGAGGCGAAGGACCUGGUCGAGAAGGCGCUGGUCGUUUCGAAGAAUGGUGUUGCCAAGGAGGAGGCGGGUCCCAUUGUCGAGAAGCUCAAGGAGCUUGGAGCUACUAUUGGGCCGAGGCAUAUGGUUUUGCCACGUUGCAAAGUGAUUAGAAAUUGCUGUGGUAGUUCUUUGCAGUUCUCUAAGGAGAUGGGAAUAUUUGAUUUUUAUAUGGGCAUUCUUAAGUAAAAAUGAUCUAUCUAGGAGUAGUCUUUCCAUGAAUAUUUAUCUAGAGUUGUUUCCAUUAGUAUGGCAUACUAUUUUUCCAAGUUACUAAGAGAACAUUUCAUGGACUGUUUUUAUAAAAUCUUGGCUACU